AUGCGUGCAUGUGGCAGGAACCCAGAAGAGUAUCGAGGGUAUAGAAAAAGCUGUGUCUGGUUUGAAAAAGCGAGACCUGCCACAUGGCAAAACGUGCCGACGGAAUGUCGGCCUGUUGUCAAUUUGUGGUCAUUUUUCGCCAAAAGCGGUGUGGUUUUAGACCCAUUUUCGGUGGAAAGCGAGCCAGCUAAUAAAAACUCAUUACCUUACGCCAUGAGCUCGGG